UUCACGAUGGAGACGGAACAACAAGGAAUUGUCCUGUCAAAGACUUCGGAAUGUCCAAACUAGGGAGAGCAUCUUGGUAUCGGAGGGCCGUGAGUCGUCGAUACCAUUGAAUGUUGAUAAUAAACAGAGGGUCUUGGAGGGUUCCGGGGCGCGGAACAAGGUGAGGGGAUGUGGCCAGCAAUUGCUAUUCCUUGGAUCCUAUAAAAAGCUCAUGUGUUACAAUUUUCACCAUCAUAUCUUUUGAGACACGGUCUCUCUGCUGUUUUCCCCCAUCACUUUGUAUGCUUUAUCUAUUGGAGAAGCAGUACUCAACAUGUCUGAUCUCAACCCCCUCAAUGGAGGCAACUUCGUCCAUGAUAACAAUCGCGUGGUUGAUGGAGGCUCCAUUCUGAAGCGUUUCUCUCUUCAGGGCAAGACUGCCAUCAUUACCGGUGCUGCCGCUGGCAUCGGCCUUUCUAUCGCCGAGGCCUACGCUGAAGUCGGUGCCAACAUUGCAAUCUGGUACCGUACCAGCAGCAAAGCUGAAGAGCGUGCUAAAGAAAUCUCCGAGAAAUACAACGUCUCAGUCAAUGUCUAUCAGGUCGAUAUGAGAGAUGCAGAAGCUGUUGAGAAGGCUGUCGACCAGUCAGUCAAGGACCUUAACGGUCGGUUGGAUAUCUUCGUGGCCAAUGCCGGCAUUCCUUGGACGAAAGGUCCCAUGGUCGACGGCCCUCUUGAUCACUACCGUGACGUUGUACAGACCAACCUGGACGGUACCUACUUCUGUGCCAAAGCUGCAGCCAAACACUGGCGUCGCCAAAAGGUCGAGGGGACUGAUAUUGACGGCCAACCUUUGACAAACUACACAUCUGGUAGUUUCAUUGCCACGGCGUCCAUGAGUGGAGGCAUCGUAAACACUCCUCAACUCCAGGCUGCUUAUAAUGCCGCCAAGGCUGGUGUCAUUCACCUCAUCAAGAGUCUGGCUGUUGAGUGGGCUCGAUAUGCUCGUGCCAACGCCAUCUCUCCCGGUUAUAUCAUUACUGAGAUCUCUAACUUUGUGCCACAAGAGACAAAAGACAUUUGGAAAGACAAGAUUCCUCUUGGCCGUGAGGGCGAGCCUCAUGAGCUCCAAGGUGCUUAUCUGUUCCUAGCAUCAGACGCUUCCACAUACGCCACUGGUGCCAACUUUGUUAUCGAUGGGGGCUACAGUGCUCCGUAGUUCUGAUAAUAGAGAAAUAGAGAUAUAUCAUUUAUAUAUAAAGGACGACGAAUCACUCCGGUAGUACACAGAUCGCAGCCUCGGCAUUGUUUUAGAAGAAUAGACUUUACCAAGUUAUAAAAGCCUACAG